UUGGGGUAAAGUGAAUUCGGAAAUGUGUUUGGUUUCUCCAAUUGUUGUUUGGAUUUAAUUGUUUCUCUUUUGGUUUUUGUUCUAAUUAAUUGAUUAAAUUGUUGUUUAAUUAAUAUUGUAAUUGUGAUGGUUGUUGCCCAUUUGAACGUUCUCUUUGAACAUGCGGUGGGUUACGCUUUGUUCAAGGUUGAACAAUAUGAAGAAAUUGCUUCAAGUGUACCCAAAGUGGAAAAAGCAUCUUUACAAUUUAACAAUUUUAAGAAUAUGGUUAAAUUAAUUUCUUUUUCACCCUUCAAGACUGGAGUAAGUUCAUUGGAAAAUAUGUUAGCUUUGUCAGAAGGUUAUCUACAUGAAGAUUUACUGGUUUUCUUGGAGAAACAUGGAAAAAGUAAAAUGAAUUUAGGUGUUGCUGAUCCUAAAAUUGGAACUGCUAUUCAAGAAAAAUUUCCUUAUGUUAAUUGUCAACAUACAGGAAUUAUUCCUGAGCUUCUGCGAGGAAUUCGUCUACAUUCUGAUAAAUUACUUGGAGUAUCAGCAAAAGCCGCCAUUGAAACAUCUGAAGCUGGUUUGGCCCGAUCUUUUUCCAGAAGCAAAGUAAAGUUUAAUGUUAAUCGAGCUGAUAACAUGAUUAUCCAAAGUAUAAGUUUAUUGGAUCAAUUAGAUAAAGAUAUCAACACUUUUUCCAUGAGACUAAGGGAAUGGUAUUCCUAUCAUUUCCCAGAAUUAGUAAAAACAGUUAAUGAUAACUAUCUUUACGCUCGUGUUGCUCGAUUAUUAGGUGACCGUAAACAAAUGGAUGAUACGGUGAUUUCAGAAGAAUUGAAAAAGCUAAUUGAAAAUGAAGAAACUGUUAAUCAUAUUAUAAGUGCUGCUAAGAGCUCUAUGGGUAUGGAUAUCGCCCCAAUAGAUCUUAUUAACAUUUCAAGUUUCUCAUCUAAGGUUAUUAAUCUUGUUGAAUAUCGGCGACAAUUAAUGGAAUAUCUUCAAAGUCGUAUGCACAACGUGGCUCCUAAUCUAUCCGCUCUCAUCGGAGAAACGGUUGGAGCUCGACUUAUUUCCCAUGCUGGUAGUUUGAUCAAUCUCGCAAAAUAUCCCGCAUCAACUGUUCAGAUUUUAGGAGCUGAAAAGGCCUUGUUUAGAGCUUUAAAGACACGUGGUAACACUCCGAAACAUGGACUACUUUUCCACUCAGGUUUUAUUUCCAGAGCGGGAACGAAAAAUAAAGGUCGUAUUUCUAGAUUCCUUGCUAAUAAGUGUUCCAUUGCCUCCCGAAUUGAUUGUUUCAAUGAUACCCCAGCCGAUGUGUUCGGAUCAACAUUAAAAGAUCAAGUUGAAGAGAGACUUCAAUUCUACGAGAAUGGAACUGUUCCUAAAAAGAACAUUGAUGUCAUGACUGAGGCCAGUGAAAAAGCGAAAAUACUUGCCGAUAAAAGAGCAAGAAAACUGGCCAAGAAGGCGAAGAAAGAAGCUGCAAUCAAAGCUGAAUUCGAUGAAACUGUUUCAGCGAUGGAAACUGGUGAAGGAGAAGGCGUUGAGCAACAAAAGAAAAAGAAGAAAAAGAAACAUGAUCCCGAAGGUGGAGAUGAAGAGAAUGGCCACCAAGAAGAGAUGGAAAUUGACCAGGAAUCAAGUUCGAAGAAAAAGAAGAAGAAGAAGAAAAAUCUUGCGAACACCGAAGACGAAAAUGGUUUACCCAAUAUUCAAGAUGAUACCACUGAACAAAUUGAAACCGAAAGCGCUAAGAAAAAGAAAAAGAAACGUAAAGCUGGAGGAGAAGAUGAUGUUGAUCAAAUUGAAGAAGACAAUUUUGGUAAAUCGAAUAAGAAGAAAAAAUUCUCCGAAAGUGACGAAAUGGCUGCAAAUGACGAAUCUCUUGUCGAAGAGACUCUCAGUGCCAAAAAGAAAAAGAAAAAGAAACAAAAGUUACAGGAAGCCUGAAAUGAUUGACCUUUAUUUUAAAAAGACAUCGAUCUCAUUGAGAAUUGAGUAUAUGAAUAAUUCUGGUUGACAUUAUUUUGGGAGCUAUCAUUAUGUAGACAAUGUUGCAUAAUCUGUAAAAAUACACAUUUUGUUUGAAAACAGCAAA